AGGUGGAGGGGAGUGUUGCAUCCUCUCACGUGACCAGCCUGUCUGUCCUCUCCUCAGUCCGGAUCUCUUUGUUGUGGUUGCAGCUGCUGCUCACUUUACGCACCGUGGCUCCGCUCCGCUCCGGAGCCCCGAACCGCUUCAUUACCGCGCGGACAAAUCCAGCCGGAGCGCCGCGGUAAUCACUCUGACCGGGAAUCAGGACGCGGGGGGGUCGCUACGUGUGAGGCAUCCGACAGAUAUACGCUGCAAUAGAUAAAUCUACCUAAAAAGACGCGGAGCUUCGCUGCGUAGGAAGGACGGAUGGCGAGAAUGCUGCCGCUGCCUCCUCUGCUUCCUCCCUGGACAAACCGGACCGCCUCCGAGGCUUCCUGAACGCGGAAUCAGGCGAGGAGCUCUCUGCACAUUCCUCCAUCUUCACCACAGACUUCUGCGCUCUCUGCAGCCUUUUGGUGCUCUCCUGUAAGCGGGACACAGCGCGAGGCAGCCGGGGUGUUUUCUCUUUGCGCCUCCGCCUGCUUCACCGGGGAUUACGCUGAAGUGUUUGCACGCCUUUUCACCUGAAGCGAGAACCGAGUGGUUUUGUCUGCCGGUCUCCGGAGAUUGGAUCAUCAUGGUGUCAGGCCCUGGGAGGUGUCCCGGGCGUCCCGGCGGGGUUGUCCGGUACCUGGCGUCCGCCUGCCUGCUGUCUCUGCUGCUCUACCUGCCGGAGGCUCGGGCGUCCUAUAACCCCCAGAGCGGAGAGUGCAAAGGCAAAGGGAAGGACUGCACAGAUCUGUCGGAGAAGAAGAGCGACCUGAGGGUUUGUGAUGACUCCACCUGUCGAUUCGGAGGCGUCUGCAGAGACGACGGAGCUCAGCUCAAAUGUGUCUGCCAGUUCCAGUGUCACAAACACUACGUCCCUGUGUGCGGCUCAAACGGAGACACCUACCAGAACGAGUGCUACAGGCGACAGGCGUCCUGCAAACAGCAGAGACUCAUCUCCCGGGUGUCCGACGGGCCCUGCUCCGCCGAUCCUGGUUCUGGCUCAGGAGACGGAGACGAUGAUGAGGGUUCAGGCUCUGACGUGGGGAAGAAGUUCACCAAGUGCAGCACGUGUAAAUAUGGAGCUGAGUGUGAUGAAGACUCGGAGGACGUCUGGUGCAUAUGUAACAUCGACUGCAGCGGCCACAACGAAAACCCGGUGUGCGCCACGGACGGGAACUCCUACAACAACCCCUGUCUGGUCCGAGAGGCGUCGUGCAUGAAGCAGGAGCAGAUCGACGUCAAACACCUGGGCAGGUGCCCCGCUGAUAAAGAGAAACUGGGCAAGAAAGACGACAGCAGUCCCUUCAAAGUGAACGUCUUAGAAACCACCGGCCUGGACCACGGUGACGGUUUCUACGCCGGGAUGCCGAUCCCCUGCGCUGACAGCUACGCCGGCUUCUGUGUUCACGGGAAAUGUGAGAUCAAAUACAACAUGGCCACCUGCAGGUGUGAUGCAGGCUACAAAGGUCCUCAGUGUGACGAGCCCCAGGACUUCAACAUCCUCUACGUGGUUCCCAGUGGACAGAAGCUCCAUUACGUCCUCAUCGCCGCCAUCAUCGGCGCCGUGCAGAUCGCCAUCAUCGUCGCCGUGGUGAUGUGCAUCACAAGGAAAUGUCCGAAAAACAACAGGGGCCGCCGACAAAAACAGAACCUGGGACACUUUUCCUCGGACACUAACUCCAGGAUGGUAUAGCCGUGUUUGUCUGGGUUCUUUUUGAUAAGUUUUUUCUUACGGCGUGGGAACACCAUUUUUUAACGGCAGAUGUGUGGUAUUAAUUUUUUUUCUCCUGGGAAACCAUAAAGAAGAAGAAUGAUAGUAUUUAUUUAAGGGGCCUUAUUUUCUCUCCUCUUUUGUUUUCGGAUGGAAUCGUUGCGCAUUGAUUUGCCGCAAGAGCAAGUACAAGGAGCUGAUCGUCAAACACCGCUGUCACUUUACAUCGUUACCGUGUCUGCUGUCUUAAUUACUUUGAAAUGCUUCAUUAGAGGUUUUGUUGAAUGCUUUAUGAAUACGGUACCUUUAGUAAACUGGCUAACUGAGUAAUGUCUGCCCCUCUGGAAUGUGCUAUUUAUUGAAAACGCCCCUCUCUGUUUUGCUUUUUACUAAUAAUGUGCAGCUGAUCACCAAAUGCAGUUUGUUUUCCAUUUGUUUUUGUAGGAGGUGAGUGGGGGCAGCCAGUGAUAUAGAUACUGUAUGUUUACACUUAUUCUUUGGUAUGAAAGUCCAUGUAAAGACUUCACUGUGUUCAAACUAGCUAAUAAUUUAUUGUUAUUAUUUUUUUAAAGUAGUUUUUACUUAAGGUUUUUACGUUCACUUUUAUUUUAAACGUUGGUUUCUAAAUUCUAGUUCCUGUAUAUUCGCAUGACUUGUGAAAACUGUGUACUGUGGUGUAGUUUUAACUUUGUAAAAGAAAAGCCGACGGCCUCGACGCCUCCUCCGUCUCAGAGCCGCAGAGAUCCGACGGAGACGGAAAUCCAAAACGUGGGACUGAUGAACGGAGGUCACUGAGGGGAGAGGUAUUAGUCAGUGUUAAAGAAAGGAAUGUGUAAUGUUUGGAAAAACAGUCUGCUGUCUUUACCCGCACCAGAAAAUAACAAAAAAGAACACUUGUAGUUAUCAUUGAUGGUGGGAAAACCACCUCUGCUUGGACGGGGAACAGAUCGGUGUCGAUUUUAACGCUCAGAGUCAGGAAUGUUUUUGCAUCUUCGUCUGAAUUCAGAGAAUUGUAAAGGAAGUGUGUCGGCCGUUUGGGGGCUUGAAGGACUGACUGCACAUGGAGGUCAACUCUAAUGAUGUUUUUUAUGUCAUUGGAAAAAGUCUUGGUUGCUCAGGUUGCUGUAAUCAAGGCCUUUCUUUGAAUGUGAGAGAAUAAUAAUUGUGUCUUUCUGUCUUUUGUUUGUUUUAGUUUUGCAUUUGCUCCUCAGCGGGACAUUCCAAGCACAGAGGACCCCUUACAAAAAAAACCCUACAAUAAUCCCACAGGCAACAUUCAAAACAUACUUCACAGUACAAAUAUCACUAAAGACCCCAUUUCCUAAUGGUAUUAACAUGUGGUCAGAUACAGGUCGUGUAUGUCUUAGGGUAUUAAUGUUAUGAAGUCUUAGUGUUAAACAGUGAGGACAGACAAAUACUGUCGUAUGUCAGAAGACAUUAGUCAGACAGAUUCAGUCCAACAACAAUGCUAACAGUAUGACGGCAGGAAGUUUACAUCCGGUGAAUGACAAUGCCUUUGCUGUGUUGUCUCCUUGUGUCCCUGAGUUUACUGUAACACACCCUGCUGAUAUAUUCUGUACGUCAAGUUUUGUGCGCUUUAUAUCAAAGUCCCAUCGUUUCAUUGCAAAUCGUCAGAAACGUAUUCAAGACAGAGCUGUCUUGUUUUUGAGUGCGUAGACUCCACUUCUGUCCCACCUCAGCACUCUGAAAUCUUUGUUUGCUCCCGAUCAGCUUUUUCGCACUUUUUGAUGACACAUUUAUGUUUUACAGCAAACCAAUCACCGUAAUGCCCGUCAGUCACAAACUGAACCUUCUCCUAGUAGCGUCCAGCGAUGCCGCCGUAACAGCUGUAAUCAUGAAAUGACUAAUGUUCAUUUUGUUUAAAUUCAUUUCCUACAUGUGAUGCAGCCACGUAUUUGUUGAUGUUCAGUAGUCAGGAGGUGAGAGGGAGAAAUCCUCUCUUACUCGAUAGUGAAUCUGGAUGCAGAAGCUGAUUUGUAGUAUUAAAAGUCAAAUUGUCACAGUAUUUUCAGCAAUAUUUAAACCUCAGUCUCACUUGUUCACGUCAUAUUGGGUAUCCUCUAUGUAUAAGCUGACAAUCCGUUCAUGGCAAGGUGUUCCUCUAGAAAUCAGGCAAUUAUUCACAGUAACACAACUAAAUCUACUUAUGAAAAGUAUCUGUUGUAUUCUGAAUGUUCUGUUUCCUCUGAUGUGACCUGAACACAGUCAAGUGGUAUUUUCUGAAUCAGGACCUUCGAGGGCAAUUAGCUAUGCAUUAACUCUACUGCCAUUUACUCCACUUCGCAAUUUAUAGUUGUAGAAUAAUAACAACUAAAACUGAGACUGCAAGAAGACACUAAGAAGAACUUAGAGAGAGUGAAGGACUUUAAUUUAAACUGAAACUACAGUUGAUUGUUAAAUUAGUUUGGGGAUAAUGAAUGGGAAACGAUAGCUGCCCAGUCAAGUAGCUAACGGAGUUCGCACCAGCAUUACAGCAGCGAAGGUUUGGACCAAAAUCAGUUUCAGUGGGACUGUCCGGAUACGUGGAUUAGGUCGUGACUGCAAUUUAACUAAAUCCACACGGGCCUUUUGUAUAGAGCAAGUUAAGCUAAAUUUAGCUAGCAAGCUAACUAACUUUCAGCUCACACGUACGAAUUGCAUUCUAGGGAUUCAAAGCUGUUAACGUUAUCUAACAUUAGUUAGGUCGCAAGAAAUUCAAUAAGAAUAAUUACAACAUUACUAACACUGCUUCGCUCACUAGGUAACGAGCCACUGAGGUCGAAAGAUGUUAAAAUACAUUUUAACCUCCAGAGAACAGUUAGCAGUCCCAGUGAUUCGGCGUUAUGGCCAUAAGUAAUAAUUCAAUAAUCAUUUCUAUUUUCUUGCGCAUUAGUAGAGGAACUGUGUCAUUUUCCUUUCUCGACUCGGUAGGGAGGGACAUGGCCCGGUGGUGACACCAGAUUUCAGCUUUUUACUUGAUGAAAAGUGCUUCUUCCUCUGUGUGGAUCUGUGGAGGAGAGGCUGAAACUCUGAGGCUGUGCUGAGGUCCAAAAUGCGAGUUCAGGGAGGUUUGUCUUCUCUGUAUGUUUCUAAUUUUUCAUUUUCUGUCACAUGAGUUUUUCUGUAACGUCUUAGUUUACGUCUACAAGUCGUAGGUCAGCCCCCCCUCCCUCCCCCUCCCCCGAGCAACGCGUUUCCACUUGUUGUCGACCAUCGCAGCCGUGACUUCUCUAAAUGUGACUAGAAUGUGUUUGACAUGUUAAUAUUCUGCAUGUAGACUUUUGAGAGGCUAUUUUUGGUCUCUGCCAAAAUAAAAAAGGAAAUGUUUUUUUAAUGUA